GUAUCUAUCUAUACUCGUAAAUACUUUGUCUAAAAAUGGCGAUGCUAGGUUUACUUGAACUCUUCGUAGCAUUCCUUUUUUCUCUUGUAUUUCUUUUUACUUGUUUCUUCCUCCACAAGAAACCUCGCGGUCAGCCUAUUCUCAAGAACUGGCCGUUCCUCGGGAUGCUUCCAGGAAUGCUCCCCCAAAUCCCUCGUAUUUACGACUGGACUGUCGAGGUGCUUGAGGCGAGCAAUCUAACCUUUUAUUUCAAAGGGCCAUGGCUUAGUGGAACGGAUAUGUUGUUCACUGCGGAUCCAAGGAAUAUCAAUCACAUACUAAGCUCAAACUUUGGGAAUUACCCUAAAGGACCUGAGUUCAAGAAAAUCUUUGAUGUUUUGGGAGAGGGAAUCUUAACCGUUGAUCUGGAAAUGUGGGAGGAUCUGAGGAAGUCAAAUCACGCCAUGUUUCACAAUCAAGGUUUCCUCGAGCUCUCACUAAGUAGCAACAAAAGUAAGUUAAAGGAAGGUCUUGUUCCUUUUCUUGAUAAUGCUGCUCAUGAAAACAUUAUCAUAGAUUUACAAGAUGUGUUCAUGAGAUUCAUGUUUGAUACUUCUUCAAUUUUGAUGACUGGUUAUGAUCCAAUGUCACUAUCCAUCGAAAUGCUGGAAGUUGAGUUCGGUGAAGCUGCGGAUAUUGGCGAAGAAGCAAUCUACUAUAGACAUUUCAAACCGGUGAUGUUGUGGAGGCUUCAAAACUGGCUUGGUAUUGGACUUGAGAGGAAGAUGAGAACAGCUUUGGCCACGGUCAAUCGUAUGUUUGCGAAGAUCAUAUCUUCAAGAAGAAAAGAGGAGAUAAGUCGCGGGGAAACAGAGCCAUCCAAGGACGCGUUGACGUAUUAUAUGAAUGUGGACACGACCAAAUAUAAGCUCUUGAAACCGAAAAAUGAUACGUUUAUAAGAGAUGUUAUUUUUAGUCUAGUGUUAGCAGGAAGGGACACCACAAGCUCAGCUCUCACUUGGUUCUUUUGGCUUCUUUCUAAGCAUCCUCAAGUUAUGGCCAAGAUCAGACAUGAGAUCAACACAAAGUAUGAUCCUGCAGAUCUAGAGAAGCUCGUGUAUCUUCAUGCUGCAUUGUCCGAAUCAAUGAGACUCUACCCGCCACUUCCCUUCAACCACAAGGCUCCUGCAAAGCCAGAUGUGCUUCCAAGCGGGCACAAAGUUGAACCAGAAUCAAAGAUCGUGAUUUGUAUUUAUGCCUUGGGGAGGAUGAGAUCUGUAUGGGGAGAAGAUGCAUCGGAUUUCAAACCAGAGAGAUGGAUUUCAGACAAUGGAAGUCUAAGACAUGAACCUUCAUACAAGUACGUGGCUUUUAAUUCUGGUCCGAGAACUUGCUUGGGUAAACAGCUAGCUCUCUUGCAGAUGAAGAUAGUAGCUCUAGAGAUCAUACAAAACUAUGACUUUAAGGUCAUUGAAGGUCACAAGAUCGAAGCAAUUCCUUCUAUCCUUCUCCGUAUGAAACAUGGUCUUAAAGUCACAGUCACUAAGAAGAUGUGAUUCUUAUGCUUGCUUGGCUUCUACGGCAACUAUUACUACUUGUAUUACGUACUAGGUGUUUGUCCAACGUCAUGCUCAUACUUGUAUUAAGUUCUAUUUAGUAAUUUGUAUUCGAAAUAUUUCAUUUCAUAUAAUAUUGAAGGAAUAAAAAUCAGUAGUUCUU